UUUUCGUCUUGUUUUUUAUCGUUUAUUUUUAGUGGAUGUUUUGGUGUAGCAAAUAUAGUACAUACAUCGAUUGUUCGGGCGGUGAUCUUGAGCUGAAGAGAAGUCUUCAAGAAGAGGAAUUUGACAUUCAACAAAAACGUUCCGAAAAAACUGAAGAUACAAUUUCUAACGCUCCUUCUGGAAGUUUGGCUGUUCAACGCCGUAGCGAAAACAUUGCCGAUGAUUGGAUUGAUCUCAUUAAACGUGUCGGUGCAGGUGAUUUAUCAAAUUCGGGGAAGGCGGCACCUACAAACACAACAACUUCAAAUAUGUCGCGGGCAGAAAAAUCAAGAGAUGAAUUUAUUGCUGAUAAGGAAGAGAAAGAACUAAAGAAAUUAAUUACUUCAAAUGCGAAAUCAAAUCUUACUGAUUGUAUUCUGCAAAAUGAAAAGCUUUUGAUCGAUUUGCACAAACUUUUGGUGCAGGAACGAGAUCCGUUAGCAAUUAAAAAAAUACAGGCCCAGAUUGAUGCUUUUAAUUCAACUACGCGUUCUCUUCAAACUCUUCUUUCAAUGCUUGCAAGUGAUGAUACUUUUGCUAGUUCUCAAUCAAAGAGUCAAAAACCAGAUUCUUCAACUUUAAUAACUCCACAAUUCAAGCGACAUAUUACAAAGUCAAUUCAAAAUGAAGACAACGGCAGUUCUCAUCGCAACAUGGAGGAUGAUUCUUUUUUCAGUUUAAAUUCUGCCACAAAAUCUACCCAAGAUGAGAAGGAACAGAGGAAGAAUGCAAGGCGAUCUGAUAAAUCAAACAAUUCGUUGCGAGAUGCAAUUUUGGAAGGGAAGCGGACUGCAUUUGAUGAACAUAUUGAACAAGUGGAAAGAUUGCGAAAUAUGCUAGGCAGUGCAAAAAGCGGAGCUAACAAUAAGAAAAAUUGGUUUGACUUUUUACAAAAUUUCAUUACUUUAAAAAUAACCUUUUGAAUUUUAGGAUAGAAUCACUACCAAAUAUUUCAUUCCCCAGAGAAGUAUCUCGCAAAGAAACCAGCUUCGAGGAUCAAAUUCGUACA